AUGUUCGAGAAAAGCCAGACCCAGGUUCCCGUCGUUCGGGAAAAUAAUGAUAAAGGGAUGACAUCUCUCACAGGCCAUGCUUAUCGAGCGUGUGACCCAGCCAUCCAUGGUUCUGGUCUAGCAGAUUUUUUGGGUCAACUAAGCACAGCCUUCAGCCGUAUCAUUAUGAACGGACUACGUCUGUACCGGUCUCAGACUGGUAUAUUUGAAGGUGUGAUGAAACCUGGGCCUCGUUGGAAGCCGAUAAAAUUCCUCCAGAAUGUCAAGAGCCACGACAAUGGCUACAUGAUCGAGAAUGCCGGCAACACCAAUGAUCUUUCGGGUGUUCUAUGCAUUCCUCCGGGAUAG